UUCACGGAGCGUCGUCUCGCCUCGCGUCGGCUCCGCUCCGCUCGCGGUUCACCGUGCGUCGACGACACGACGACUGCGGUUCUCAUCGGCGGCGUCAAAGUUCCGCCCGAUUAAGAUUCCCUUGAGGGGGGCCUCAGAUCUCCGCUUGAUCGCUUGCUCGAAGCCGCGAGACCUUUCGGCGCGCGGAAACGACUUACCCGCCGAUUUACGGCCGAUCCGGCUCCGGCCGCGCAAAAUUCGAUUCGUCGCGUCGCGUCGCGAUCGCGGCAUUCGAAAUUCGGUCCGCGCGUCGCCGGAAACAUGUAAGACGAGACGAGGGACCGGAGUUGGAGAACUUUCGUCUGCAGAAAGUCCACGGUCUUUCGGGCACAGAGCGGCGCGAGAAGGGGGAGACGCGGGUACGCGCGGGGUGUCGAUCCGCUCCGGGCGCGCGCUCCGAGAUCGCUCUCGAUCCCGGCCACGCUCUGCUCCUCUCUCUUUCCCACUUUCGCGCGCGAUCUUCGAUCGGUCGACGAUCUCGCGUCUCGCGACGUUCGAUAUCUCGCGCUCGCGCUCGUGGAGAAGACGAUGCGAAACGCGGACCGUCGUCGGCGACGCAUGUAAGAAUGCGAGGUUGAGAGAAGGCAAGGACGAUUCCACGUAAUCUCUCCUCUCCUUCGCGCUUCCACGGAGGAGAUUCGACUUCGAGGAUUCGGCGGUCGAGUUAAGAGAAAGAAAGAAAGAAAGAGAGAGAGAGAGAGAGAGAGAGAGAGAGUCCACACGGGAUCGCCGCACGCAACGUACGCUCGUCAUGUCAAUGAGCUACCUACUUGUGUCUUUGCUGAUCGUCGCGUGGCAAAGCGGCGCGCAAGCCAACUGGUGGUACUUGGGGCUGGAGCCGAGGCUGACAUCCGGCCCGAUCCAAGGGAGCGGUGUCGACUCGCAGACGCAGAUCGCCGGCGCGGGUGUGAUCGGCCCGGCGAGCGCCGAAAAGAACUGUAAGAACGCGCACCUGACCGCCAAGCAGCAGGCAAUAUGCUCCCGCUCGCCACCCGUCCUGCAGGCAGUCAGAGCGGGCGCUAGGCUCGCCAUAGAGGAGUGUCAGCACCAGUUUAGAUCAGCGAGAUGGAACUGUUCCGUCAGCCCGGAAAAUCCCGAGAACGUGUUCGGCGGCGUCAUGUUAGUCAAUAGCCGAGAGGCCGCGUUCAUAUACGCCGUAUCAGCAGCCGGGGUCGCUUACAGCGUCACGAGAGCCUGCUCCAGAGGCGAGCUCACCGAUUGCUCCUGCGACAAUCGCGUGAGAGCGCGACGUCCGAACAAUUGGCAGUGGGGAGGAUGCAGCGAGGAUAUACACUUCGGGGAGAAGUUUUCGCGGGAAUGGUCCGAGGGUGGCGAGGAACCGGUGAAGGAGGGUGCUCUGUACGGGCCCAAAGGGUUGGCCGGCCAGCUGAUGAGGAAACAUGAUAGCGAGGCCGGUAGACGCGCCAUUCGCUCCAGGAUGCAGCGCGUUUGCAAGUGCCACGGUAUGUCCGGCUCCUGCAGCGUGCGCGUGUGCUGGAGAAGAUUGCCGUCGUUCCGGGUGGCCGGAGUCGCCCUGGCGGCUUUGCACGAGGGUGCCGCUCUGGUGCGGCUGGCGCAACGCGGCGGUAGAAGACCGGCCAGGCUCAGACCGGCGCGUCCCGAUCUCAAGCGACCGAACAAGACGGAUCUGGUUUAUCUCGAGGACAGUCCCGACUACUGCGAAAGGAAUCUCACGCUUGGUAUUCCCGGCACGCGAGGAAGGGUGUGCAACCGGACGUCCCUCGGUCUCGACGGAUGCCGGCUGCUGUGCUGCGGCCGGGGCUACCAGACGCGAGUGCGGGACGUCACCGAGAAAUGCAAGUGCCGAUUUGUCUGGUGCUGUCACGUGAAGUGCGAGAUGUGCCGGCACACGCGGGAGGAGCACGUGUGCAACUAGGCGGCAGAUGCAUUCCGGGGUCCGGCCUAUCUAUAGGAACGGCGCUCACGUCGUUCUUUACGUUUUGGAUUAAUUAUUCGUUGCCACUUCGCGUUGUAUAUCCGCAAUUAACGCCGCGAGAGGCUACACACAACGACGCGUUGCGUCGAUGCGGUUUCCGCCUGACGGUCGCUAAACACCGUUUUUCUCAUUCUCACGUGGAGAAUAAUAAAAUGCAAUACGAGAGCGUUCGCUUGUGCUUCAAGCCUUUGCUUCCAUAAGAAAGCGCAGAAAAUGCUGCGACGAGCUAUAUGUGAAUGAUAAAUGAGUAUUACAAUUCGAAACAUGCAUUUAUUUUAAAACGGACGGUUUUUCGAUUAAAUCAAAGACGCUCUUUUACUAAGAGCAUCUACUUCACCUUCGCUUUGUAUGACUCAUUGACUUAAACAUUUUAACCUACGAUUUUUUUUUUUUACUUAGAGGCUCAAGCGAAACUGCCUGCGGCAAUCAAGAUUCUCGGUAUUGCUAUUACAACGUUAACGUUAAUGAUACGUCCGCGAGGUUGCUGUUGCGUGGCUUAUCAUCACCGUUUGACUGUCAGGUGCCACACUACUUGGCGCGAACGUUAAUGCAUCGAAAGCGAAUGUGUUACUUUAAAUUUACAUUUAAUCGUUUAACUUUAUCUCGACCCGGACGUACCGCGGAGGAGAGGCUUUAUAUUCCAGGGACACACUGACGCAAGCCCGUUGCAUGCUCGCUUUGCAUCAUCGGACUCGCAUCGGACUCGCGCGGCCCGACGAUUCGAGUUCCAAGGUAACAAUGCGAACACGGUAACGGCAUCAAGUUUCCCUCAUCUCUCGUUUCCGACUCUAUUAUAUACAUAUAUUAUAUAUACAUAUAUUUAUUUAUUCGAUAUAGCUAUAUGUAUCUCUCAUAUAAUUAGUACGCGCAUUCUUUUUAUAGCGAGAAUCGAGUGAUAGAAGAUUUCGUCGGAACUUUAUCUAGAUUUCUCCUCGUGACAUAUAUUACGCAUCUCGCGACGCUCGACAGCGCGCCCCGAUGUGCCAAUUUACUAUUUCUGCGUGCGACAGGAAGAGAGAAUGAAAGAGCGAAAGAGUGUGAGAGAAAGAGAGAGAAAGAAGCCAGUGGGAGUAUGCAAAGGAGAGCAAAAACGUGGUAAUAGACGACGCGCGUCGUUUUCCCCCCCCUCUCCCUGCUCUCGCACAUUCGCGCAUGAUACGCGUGCAAUUACGCGACGAGUGUCCCAUUUAUAUCGAGGUAAAGACCUCCGCACGGUGUCUCGUAGGUGUAUGUCUCACAUUGUAUAUCGAUGCUCUCUAGUUCAUAGAAUCCUUUUUUCAUCUAAUUAAAGAGCAACGUAGCGACGGGCGCGUGAACGAGCGAUGCGUAUUACGAGGCGGUCCACGAAUCCGCCUCGAGGAUCUCCGCGCUCUUUACUCGCACGAAUCGGGAACAAUACUGCCAAUGAAUGUAAAUAUCGUCUCACCGUUUUUUCUAGACUCUACGUCCGUAAUCAUCGUUGUAUAUACAUGAGCGUUUCGUCAUGGCUUCGUUUAGGAGAAUCUGUUUGCGUUGCAAUCUUUUCACAGCUUACACGAAAUACUCUUAGCUCAUCCGCGACUUUAUCUCUCACUAUUUUAUAUAUUUAAUAUGAUGAUAAUACGAUAUAUGUGUACAUGACCGCUUUAUCGCAUGCCGUCGCUAGUUAAGUCGGCAGUCUAGUCAUUUACGAAUUUUCUCUGAUUCCCAUAAUCAGCGGACACUAUGCUCACAACGAAUUACACGCGAGACUUCGCACUUUUCUUCGGCCGAAAUCGUAGUAGCAUAACGCAUCACGUAAUUAUUAUUUUGAAAGACAGAUAUA